CGUACACUCCCGUACUCGGAGCUAUAAAACCUCCAGUAUAAAUCUUUCCCCUAGUGAAUGGAGCCAACUAUUCUGCUACAUUUACAACUAAUAGAGCAAGGUGAACUAGAAAAAAAAUACGAGUAGUUCAACGUCAGAGCAAAUCUAUGGCAGACAUCGACGCCGGUUGUAGCAUAGAAAUCAAGUGAUUGAAAAUUGCAUCUAUGUCUUCCAUUUAGAAACGCUAAAUCUUUGCACCGAUUCUAACAUUCCAUAUCAAAUUUGAUUACAUGGUCGACCACCAUCUCCUUGCAUCUUCUUUCUUUACUAUUCAAAGAAAGAGACGUGCAUUGAAGCAUCUUCAAUAAUUGUAUAUUUUGUUUCUCGAGCCAUUACGAUAAUUGAAAGCCUGUCAGAUUGCUCGGAGCAAACAGGAACUGCAACGAUGAACGGGAGAAGCACUGUACAGUAAUCUACAAGGUUUAGACUAUCCUAUUUGAACAUUACAUAUGUGAAAUUGAAAAACGAACACUGCUCUGAUUCGACAAAUCAAACCGAAAUCAAAAGAACAGAUAAGUUUGUUGACAGUUUACUUUUUUUAAAGAGGACUCUUCACAAGAGUAGAUGAGGCGACAGUGAUAGCAGAGUAUUCUCAUGUAAUUCACAGUGCAUAUUUAUCUCAACAAUGGAUGUUGAGGAAUACCGCAGAAGAGGAAAAGAGAUGGUGGAUUAUGUGGCUGAUUACUUAUCAACAAUUCGUUCCCGCCGAACAUUACCAGACGUCCAACCUGGAUAUCUUAAACACCUCAUACCAGACCAUGCCCCUAUACAUGGGGAUAAGUGGGAAGAUAUCAUGGCUGAUAUUGAAAGGGCCAUCAUGCCAGGGAUUACUCAUUGGCAGAGCCCUCAUAUGCAUGCAUACUUCCCUGCACUCACAUCAUAUCCGUCAAUGCUUGGAGACAUGUUGGCUGAUGGUAUCAGCUGCUUAGGCUUUACAUGGGCAUCUAGUCCCGCGUGUACCGAGCUGGAAAAAAUCGUGAUGGACUGGCUGGGUAAGUUUAGAUUUGUAGAUCAGUUUCAGAACCCGAGAUUCUUUAGCUAAAUAGAUGAUAUCAAGAAAUUGCGAUCACUUCUGUUAUGGAUUUAUUGCCUACAGAGAAAUUGAUAUGAACAAAAAUUUUUGGAUGUCUUAAAAUAAAUUAAAAAGAACCAUGGAUUACGUGAAAUCAUCAAAAUUUUAUGAAACAGCACCCAGCGUUGGCCAUAUAAAAGAAAGGAAUAUGAAGAAUAGAAUACAACGAUCCCCUUCAGUUUGCACUUUCAUGUAUGGCGAUGGUUAAAGGUCUUUUGUUUUUCAUUAUUUAUUCGGAGCAGACAUUCAUUAGUGGAUGGGGUCUAGUAAUGUUUUAUGAAAUAAAUUUUCUCCAAAUUUUAUCUUCAUUCCAUACAGGAAAAUUUCUAGUCUACUGACUUGCAACAUAAUGGGAGUGAUAAUCAUUGACCUCUAAAAGUACCUUCGAAAUGGUAUAUGACAAAUCAAAAUCAGUCGUACGCAUUAAUGUAAGAGCGCUUCAAUUAAACGAUGAUGCUGAUCAUUCGUUUUUAAUGUUCACUGAACAUUCCUAACAUUUCAUUUCGAUUUUCAUUGAUGCGUCUUUAAUUUGUCAUGUAGCUUUUAACUGAGUGAAAUUUACAAAUUAACGAUACAUUUCUUACAGAAGAAUGUACUUAAAUUUGUAUAAUUUAAACAUCACGAGUCUAAAAAAAUAUUUGUGUUGAUGACGAUGAAUUUGACAUGUUAAUGUUCAUUUAGCAACAUUCAUGCGCCUAAAUAAUUCUAAAUUGUCAAAUAAGCAAUUUUUUCGAGAAAUUUAUUUUAGAUUGAUACAAUGCAAAUGAAAUGCCACAAAUUCAAGCAAUGUUUACUAUUUAUAUCUAUGACAUGAAAUAGAGCAAGCAUAAACCUGAAUCUUGUCAAUAUAAAACAAUUUGGAUGUGUGUGCGCUCGUAUUCAGGAUUAAAAGCGUUUGUGAGGGUGUGGGUGUGUAUGGGGUGAGUCUCUUUAUGACCCUUUCGCUUCGCUUCAACUGCCUCCAUCCCUCGAGGGCCUUUGAUUGAAAAAAGUGGCGGUUUUGAGCCGAAUUUGAUUCUAUCACCAGUCAAGUAUGAAAUAACUUGUGGGGAUCGCAAUGCAUCAUGGGUGAAGAUGAAGGAUGUGUUUGUGGAAUGAUGGACGGUCUACAGGAAUCACGUGACAUGUGAAAACAAGAAUGUAAUUAGCUGGCCAUUACUGUUCAAAAGGAAUUAAAAAAAAGAUCGAGAAUGUUAAGUGAUUCGUAAUGAAAACGUCUAUGUGAUUGAUAAGAAAUAACAAAAAAAAAUCUACUGAUGCCAUGUUUUUAUUGCAGAGAAUCCAACGUCAGCAAACUUCGUCUUGUGUUCUGAACAUCACAAUCAAUAAACAUACCUUAUUUAUUAACAUAUCUUUAAAAACUUGGAAUUAAUAUUGCAGCACUUAAGUUGCACUUAGAUGUGGAAGAGAGCAGAACUUCUUUCCUGAUUAUUCACAUUUUACCACAAAUUUCAUUCUGCUAUUGUAUCUAGACUGAUCAAUAUUGUUGGAUAUCUCGCAAGCAAUACUUGUAGGAAUUUCAAUUCAGGGAAGGACAAACAAAAAAGCAUGCACAUGCCUAGAACCAUAUUUUGUCAACAAAAAACAAAUAUUAAUCUUGGGAGACUAUAUGCACACAUUUUCUGCUUGAUUUCAUACCCACCUGCUCCUCUGAAGUAAAUGAGACAUCUCAAUCAUUCUUUCAUUUCACGAUGCAUACAAUAUACAUAAUCAUUAUGCCAAAUUACAAAUAAUGUAUCACAUGGUUAUUUGCUUCAGCAUGACAGAAGCUUUGGAAAAAGAUAUCGAAAGGUCUUUUCAUGUACUAUCUCUGCCCAUUAUAAAAACAUUUUAUGUCUGCAAAACAAUCAUGAACUGUUCUUCAGGGAAAUGGGGGAGGGGAUCUUGGUCUGUUUUCUUUAGUAGCUCAAAAUAAUAUUUGUUAUAAUUGAGUGUGUUUUUUUUUCUUCAGAAUUAUAUAGAUUUUAAUUGUAUAAGCU